AUGCGGGAGUACAAGGUGGUGGUGCUGGGCUCGGGCGGGGUGGGCAAGUCGGCGCUGACGGUGCAGUUCGUGACGGGCACCUUCAUCGAGAAGUACGACCCCACCAUCGAGGACUUCUACCGCAAGGAGAUCGAGGUGGACUGCUCGCCCUCCGUGCUGGAGAUCCUGGACACGGCCGGCACCGAGCAGUUCGCCUCCAUGCGCGACCUCUACAUCAAGAACGGGCAGGGCUUCAUCCUGGUCUACAGCCUGGUCAACCAGCAGUCCUUCCAGGACAUCAAGCCGAUGAGGGACCAAAUCGUCCGUGUGAAGCGAUACGAAAAGGUUCCUCUCAUCCUGGUGGGGAAUAAGGUCGACCUGGAGUCCGAGAGGGAAGUUUUGUCAGCGGAAGGCCGAGCGCUGGCCCAGGAGUGGGGCUGCCCCUUCAUGGAGACCUCUGCGAAGAGCAAGACCAUGGUGGAUGAACUCUUUGCCGAGAUUGUGCGACAAAUGAACUAUGCAUCCCUGCCUGAAAAGCAAGAGCAGUGUUGUACAACUUGUGUUGUCCAGUGAGAGAGAAAGCAAACUCUCCAUCAUGGCCAUGCAGAGCAGAUAAAACUCAGAGGAAAUUUGCACAGAUGCUGCGUUGGAGAACCCUUUUAAGCCCAGGUUGCCGAACUGAGCCUUGCUCAAUCUCGUCUCUGCCUUCAGAGCACGUUUUCCAGGCAUCCGGUGUGAAACAGGCAAGGAGCAGCCAGGGAGAGAGGCACGGCCUGCUACAAACACUUAGCAUGUUUACCAUUUGAUUUGGGAAUCUGUUCUUGAUCUCUUGGGGUGUUUUUUUUUAUAGCUUUCUAAGUUCCUAUUAAUGGCUAAUAUGCAAAAGUUCAUUUUAAACUAUUUUAUUUCUU